AGUCGUCAAACGCGUCGCGCAAUCUACAAAAAAUAAAAAUUGCCAAGAGCGCAGUUUAAAAAAAAAAUAAGUAAAUAAAAAACAACAUUCAAAUUCGUAUAGAACUUAUAAAGUUUUGUUUGGCACACACAAAUUGCAAAUACACAACCGCAACACUAAGAAGAAGAACGCACUAUAGCAACAAACAAUGCUGAGCGAUAAGAACGCAGCUGAGUCGAGCACGCCUCUGGCCGAUUUCAUUGUGCCGCCGGAUCCGGAGCGGGUGGAGGAGCCAAUCGUGCCGCUGGCACAGCUGCCCAAAAUGACUGAAACGACCGCAUUGCCCCCAAUUGCCACGCCCACGGCAACACCAACAGCCACAGGCACAGGCACAGCGACACCAACGACUGCAAAUGGCAACACAGCUGUGGCCAGGAGCCGCUCCAGCGAUGAGGACGGCAUCUUUUCGGUGCUCUACUCGGUAGGCAAGAAGGUGGCCAUUGUGGGCUCCAUAUAUCUGGUCGGAUAUAUGGGCUGGUCUGUGGCCUGGCUUAUAACGCCUGUGAUUUUGUCCGUGGCCCGCGAUCAACUGGCGAAGACUUCAGCGAAGAAACGCGACAUUGCCAAGGCAUCGGCGCUGGCCUCCGAGAAGGAUGUAAUCUUGGCGCGCAUCGACGAGCUGCCCGCCUGGGUAUACUUUCCCGAUGUUGAACGCGCCGAGUGGUUAAAUAAGAUUCUGAAGCAGGUGUGGCCCAAUGCCAACCAUUUUGCCCGCUCCCUGGUCAAGGAGACGAUUGAGCCAAAUGUGGCAUUGGCCCUGUCGCAGUACAAGAUGCACGGCUUUCGCUUCGAUCGGAUCAUAUUGGGCACAAUACCGCCGCGCAUUGGUGGCGUGAAGAUCUACGAUAAGAACGUGGACCGAAAUGAGAUUAUAAUGGACCUGGACUUAUUUUAUGCCAGCGAUUGCGAUAUUAACUUCUACCUGGGUGGCAUGAAGGGCGGCAUUAAGGAUUUCCAGAUACACGGCUGGGUGCGCGUUGUGAUGAAGCCCCUGAUACGCUCCAUGCCGCUAGUUGGCGGACUCCAGAUAUUUUUCCUAAACAAUCCCAACAUUGAUUUCAAUCUGGUGGGUGUGAUUGACUUUAUGGACAUGCCCGGACUCUCCGAUCUGUUGCGUCGCAUCAUUGUCGAGCAGAUUGGCAAUGUGAUGGUGCUGCCUAACAAGCUGCCGAUAUCCCUCAGCGAGGAGGUCUCCGCUGUGGCGCUCAAAAUGCCCGAGCCUGAGGGUCUGUUGCGUAUACACGUCGUGGAAGCAAAGAAUCUGAUGAAGAAGGACAUCAGUGUGCUCGGCAAGGGCAAAUCGGAUCCGUACGCCAUUAUCAAUGUGGGCGCACAGGAGUUCAGGACGCAGAUCAUUGAUAAUAAUGUGAAUCCCAAGUGGGAUUAUUGGUGUGAGGCUGUGGUUGAGGUCUCACAACGUGCCAUACUCGUGCUUAGGCUCUUUGAUUGGGAUCGUACAAGUGAUGACGAGUCGCUCGGCAGAGCCUCCAUCGAUAUAUCCAGCGUUAUCAAGAAGGGCGUUCUAGAUACUUGGCUUACUCUAGAAGAUGCCAAGCAUGGCGAUCUGCAUGUACGUCUGCAAUGGUAUAAGCUGACCGCCGACCCGAAUGAUCUGCAGCAAAUAUUAUUGGAAACGCAACUGCUGCGUGUGACGACCAUGAGUUCGGCUGUGCUAAGCGUUUUCAUUGACUCGGCCAGGCAUCUGAAGCAAGCACGUUCCAACUCCAAGCCCGAUCCCUAUUUGGUUUGCAGCGUCAAUAAACAGAAGAAACAGACUGCAAUGAUCCUGCGCGACGAUUCGCCCGUCUGGGAGCAGGGCUUCACCUUCCUGGUGAACAAUCCGGACAACGAGUGCCUGAACAUUAAGAUCUACGAUCAGAAGACAGGCAACGAUAUCGGCCAAUAUACCUACACACUGAGCACUCUGCUCAAACAGUUCAACAUGGAAGUCAUACAGCAACCCUUCCAACUGCAAAAAUCUGGGCCCGAAUCAAAACUAUAUAUGUCACUAUCUCUGCGCAUUCUGAAGGCUGGCGAAAUCGUUAAGGAAUCCGAAUCCUUGGAGCAGGGGGCAGCCCUGCAACGCAGCACCUCCUCCGAAGUGCCAGUACUGUCUUCUCAAUUAUCGAAGGACGAUCAAGCGAAGAGCAAACGUCUUUCCGCAGAGUCACCGAUUAGCGAGGAGGAGGCCGUCAAGAGUGCGCCAUUGAUCCCGGCAUCCGCAUCGCUGGAGAAGCCAAUUAGCGAGGUGGUCAGCUCGGUGCUGACACAUCGUAUGCCCGAGACGACCUCAACUGCUGGGGAGCAUGGGCUGGGUCGCAUACAGCUGUCCAUCACGUACUCGGCUCAGCGCCAGAAGCUCGAUGUGACCAUACACAAGAUAAUGAAUAUACCGUUGCGUGACCCUAGUAGCAUACCGGACCCAUAUGUUAAGCUGUAUUUGCUACCUGGUCGCAGCAAGGAGUCUAAGCGCAAGACCAGCAUCAUCAAGGACAACUGCAAUCCCGUCUACGAUGCAUCCUUUGAGUACCUCAUCUCGAUUGCCGAGCUGAGGCACACGGCACUCGAGGUUACCGUCUGCACACAGAAGGGGUUCCUAUCCAGCGGCAGUCCCAUCAUUGGCAUGCUUAAAUUACCUUUGGAUGACAGCGAGAUUACAACGCCCGCUGGCCUAAAGUCCUGGUUUGAUCUGCAGCCAGAGCUGAAGCACGAGUGAAUCAGCUGGGAAAAUUUGAAUUAUUCAUCAGGAAUCUCCGUCAGUAGAAUCUGAACUGAACAUUUGUCAUUGUUUUGUAUUUAAUUUGUGUAUAAAAGUGAAUUGUAUUUAUGACUCUCUUAAGCAAAACUGGUUGGCCUUUCAACACUAGAACCAAAACUCUCUUAGUCGUGCCUCUGAAUCUGUAUUUUCUAUUGUAGUUUAAGUAAAUCGGACAAUUUGUGUUUACAACUGUAAUUAAUGUCUUUAACAAAUAAAUAUAAUUUCAUAUUCAAAAA